AUGCUGGAAGUUCACCGAUCCCAUGUUCCCUUUCGUACAUCAUUGAAAACGGGUUGGUUACUUCUCAAAUGUCCGGAUGAAAAUGAUAUCGAUUUGCCGGACAUUCACGCGAGUUCUAAUGCCGACAAUGAAGAGCCGGAAACGUUGGACCUUAGUCAGCAGCCAUCAGCUGCUACGUCGUUAGACAAUCAACCGUUGGAAUACAAAAUAGAGCAACCAUGUCGAAAACGACCUCGAAAUCCAGUUGACAAUGGUGCUUACUAUCAUCAGGAUGAGCUGGACAAUUAUCGGAAGCGUCAGAAGCUCACCAUGCAGCACUAUUACGACGAAGCGUAUGCAUCAGUUGAGAAGAAAAUUCGGAAUCCCUUCUUGGAUGAUUCCUUGAUGAAACCGAUUGAUUCUUUCGAAAGCUACGCUCGAAGUUCAAUGAAUCCGAUCAACUAUACGUUGACGGCAGAAGCCAUCAACAGGCGUAUUCGAAGCACUUUAGGACUGGAAGAUGAUCCACAGGUGAACUUCGAUAGGGCGAGACCGCCCUCCAAUGAUGAAUGCUGUACCGCAAACCCUGACUGGUUGAUGAGAAGAAAUACCUACGCUGACAAUCCCUUCUCCAUAACGUCCACACAGGUCGACAUCAAACCUCCUCCGUUUCCCCAUGAUGACAACAAUAAUGUGGAUAAAAAACCAUUUCACUAAAGUUCUAUCAUCGGAGUAAUCAGCUUUGGGACCUAUAGUCAUCCGUUCGAAAUUCGAUAAAAAAUCAUCAUGUUGGUACAUAUUUGGCUACGUCAAUCAAAUUUUGCAUGAGGUUAUAAGAAAACACAUGAAACAGAAUCAAAAACUCUCUCUCAUACCGAAACAGAAAUUAUGACAAUUAUGUGGAAAUUUUUCAGAAAAAAAUAUGUAGAACUAGAAUGUAAACCAGUGCCAACAUAAAAUGGGUAACUAUCAGUUCAUUGAACAUUGGAAGCGUAGCAUUCGCAAAAGAUGGUUUGAGGCGAAAAUGAUAUAAAUUGAUUAGACUGAUUAGAUAAUGUGUAUGUGCAUCCAAUCGGUAGAGAUGAAUAAAAUUCUUUUAUCAAACUAAACUCUAUUAAGCAUCGCUUAUCAAAGCACGAAUUUCAGAAACACAUGGAUACUAGACUUGUAUGAAGUUUGAUUAGACGAAUAAAACUGUUCUUAUGGAUUUCUGAUAAAACCAUUUCUUAUUGAUUAAAGGGAAAAGUGAAUGAAUAAAAAGCGAUGUAGCGAAUGAAAAUGCGGUUAAUCAUCA